CUGCUAACCGAGGAGUCCGUGAGACCCGUGGGAAGGUGAAGCAGCGCACUGAUUCUACACACAUCAACUCGCAGUGUGAUUACCGGCACCUUCUCAACGGCUCCAUUCCCAGCAUAUUUCAAAUCCUCUCCCCAGACUUCACAUACUUUGUUCUCACAUUGCCUACUUUGAGAUCUGUGGACCCGAGCUGGGCAGGCUCCCAGCACCUUUAGUUGUCUCUGGACCAGACUUCAACUGGUGGAGCCUGGAUAAAAGCUGUCAGGAGAGCUUUUUAGCUGGAUUGAGUCUACCAAGUGAUAGCAAUCUUGAACCACCGUUUCAGAGGAUUGGCACCAAAAAGCCUCUUGUGUCGCCGAGUGCUUUACAGGACAAAUAACACUCUCUGCUUCCUCAGCUGCCUAAAAUUCAAGCCAUAGAUAUUGAGCUUCAAUCUGAAUACGGGAGGGAGAGCUGUGACAUAACUAAUAAAUAUACUUCAAAUAUCACCUGAUGACUACAGCUUUGUGCCCGUGGCACUGGGAGCACAGGAGGGCUGCUGAGAACUACUGUGAAAGGAGUUACCAUGUACAAAAGCAAAGCAGAGAAAUCUGGAUGCCUGAAUUUUUAUGACGUUUAAUUUCAGUGCAGACUACUGAGGCCUUGGUUGUUUCUGGGGCUAUAAUCAUGGUUUUCAGACUCAUUUACCGUGUCAUUCUCCUGCCCAGGAUGAUGAUGAGCACAUCUAGGGGUGCUUAGGUCCAGGAGCUUUACAGUGCAAGCCCUCAACACUUAGCUCCGUGAUUACAUUGGGGGAAACAUAGAAGAAAGGAUCACACACCUCCUCCAUCUCCUGUGACUCGCUUGUCGUCUUGAAUGGCAGCUCUCCUACAUGCUAAGAGAGCUGAGCUGGACUUAAUGCAGUGGUGGGCAGCAGGAAAUGUUAGAAGGCAAGUUCAGUGCCAGGCUCAACACUGCCUUUUCCGAGAACAUCACCUUCCCAGAACAGCUUCCCCUUCAGCAUGGCAAGACAGGGUGCCCAUUUGGAAGCGGAGCUGUGACGCAGGCUGUGGGGGAGGCACAGGUACAGCAUGGAGUAAUUCUUUGAACACUGAAUUGCAGCGCUCGUGACCUCACUCCCAGCAGGAAGGAAGCCAAGAAGCUGUCCUACAGCUUUCUCAGGGAGGAAAAAUGCCAGCUUCUCUAAGAAAACUGCAGCAAAUGGCUGUUUUCAUGGGACUGUUCAGCGGUGGGGGAUGCAUCGUGAUGUAUAAUCUUAUGCAAAAAGGUUUUGCCAGGACCCAGUAUUACCAGCAGGCUUUGGAGCAACUGAACAGCAGUCCUGAGGCCCUGGCAGCCCUGGGUGCUCCCCCUCUUAAGGUUCACAACAUCCGACUGACGGAUGGGAGCAAUCGCGUGGACACGGAAAGAGCACAGAUAAAGUUACCAGUAUCUGGAACAAAAUCAUCGGGGUACCUCUACAUUAACUCAGAGAUGGACCACUCCCGCCAACGCUGGUGCCUUCAGGAUGUCACCUUGAAACUGCGGGAUGGUCAGAAUAUUCCUGUUUACCACUCCCCAGUGGAAAGCACUGGUGUGCAAGAAGGCUAAAAAUCAAAGGCAGCUGCUUCUCCACCCCCCGCUGAGCCGAAGGAGCCAUUAAUGGAUCGCAUCCCGCUGUGUCCGUGAAUGUACACAGUUGUCACAAGUGACAAUUUCACUUAAGUGGGUGCUCUCAGGACAAUUUUCUCCCCAAGAUUGACCUCAUCAUUCUCAUAAUUGUAAUUUCUUUCUUUUGCUGGUUUAUUCCAUGUGUUCAGCUGAAGCCUAAAAUAAAUAUCUUGCAAAAGACUUGCUGUUCCAGCGAAGUCAUGUGUUA